AUGCCUAAGAUACCGCAAUUCAGCCUCUCGGUCCACUCCUUCACACCUCCCACUCUCCCGGACCGACCGGCCGAUGCCCCAGCCUCAGCCUUUCGAUCGUCACUCAUCCAGUCCGUAGCAGCCGCCACCUCGCCGCUCUCUUUCACCGUAUCCCUACCGUCCGCCCGCGAAACCAAUCCGCUCUACCCAGCAACCCAUCUGCAGCUGUCGUAUAAUUUCGAAGGCACUGGCGAGGUUUUCAUCCCGGACGUUAUCAAGUCUCAGGAUGUAAGAGUCGAGGCGAGCAGCGAGGCUGAGUCGGAGAGACUCUACGUCGUGCAGUCACCCGCGUAUCAGAUACCCCGUGCCAAGGUCAACGAGGGAGCGACCAGUGCGGCUGAGGUUCGAGUGUAUGCCUGGCGCGGCGAGAAGUUGCUGGGGAAGUGGAUCGUGGGUCGGAUUGAGGGCCUCGGAUUCGAGGGCUUGAAGUCUCACCCUCUGGCUAUUUUGCGGCGGGAUACUUGGGCUGCGCAGCGGGAGUCGAGGUGA